CUACAACUCCCGGCGCCCUUUGCACGCCCAUGGCAGGGAGUGCCUGCGCAUGCGCGGUGUGUCUGCGGGAGCAGCUCCUGGUCAGUGAGUGUGUAUAGUUGGUGGGUGCUGGUGGCUUCCUGGCAGCAGCGGUGCGGGGUGAACUAUACAGAGAUCAACAUUGACCGUAAUAAUCGUUGAUCUAAACGCCGUCAGGUGUUGGGGACACCCAACAAGUCACUAUGACCAUGGCUUUUCGGAAAGACUUGGACAAAUACAGGGAUAUGGAUGAUGAUGAACUCCUUCAAAACCUCUCUGAAGCUGAUCUGAAACAACUAGAAAAUGUCUUUGAAGAGCUUGAUCCAGAGAAUGCACUGCUGCCAGCAGGGUUUCGACAGAAGGACCAGACAUUCAAUAAGUCCACUGGUUCUUUUGACAGAGAGCAUCUGCUGGAAUACUUGGAAAAGGAAGCACUAGCUCAUAAAGACAUUGACGAAGUUGUACCAUAUACUGGAGAGAAAAAAGGGAAAAUAUUUAUCCCCAAGCAGAUGCCCAAAGAUUUUCAUAAGGAGGAUAAGUUAUCUCUCGAUCCAGAACUGGAAGAAGCAUUGAGCAGCGCCACGGACAUAGAACUAAGUGAUCUUGCAGCUAUCCUUGGUAUGCCCAGCCUGUUACCAAACAGUACUAGCAAUGGGAUUGAUAGCCAAGGAUUUCCAAAUGUUGUCAAGGCAGAGCCAAUGAGACCUGUCUUUGAUGAACCACCAAACCCCACCAAUGUGGAAGAGAGUCUAAAGAGAAUCAAAAGCAAUGACCCACGCUUGAUUGAAGUCAAUCUUAAUAACAUUAAGAACAUUCCGAUUCCCAUCUUGAAAGAAUUCGCAAUGGCUUUGGAAUCAAAUACACAUGUUAAAGCAUUUAGCAUUGCAGCAACAAGAAGCAAUGAUCCUGUUGCAGUGGCAUUUGCAGAUAUGCUGAAAGUGAAUAAAACUCUAACGAGUCUUAAUAUUGAAUCGAACUUUGUCACUGGAGCUGGCAUCUUGGCUUUGGUGGAAGGGCUGAAAGAGAAUAAAACGCUCCGAGAAAUAAAAAUAGAUAAUCAGCGACAACAACUGGGAACUGGUGUGGAGAUGGAAAUUGCUCGGUUGCUGGAAGAAAACACAGAAAUUCUUAAAUUUGGGUACCACUUUACACAGCAAGGUCCACGGACAAGGGCGGCCGCUGCUAUAACAAAGAAUAAUGAUCUUGUGUGGAGUUUACGAGUACUUGUUACUUCACCUCUACCGGCAUCUCAUCGAGGCUGACUCCGCAGUGACACACAGUUCGUAAGCGAAGAGUGGAAAGCGACCACGAUGCAACUUUAUUUUAACAUGAGAACAUUCUUUGGAGAUUUCAAGAUCAUUGGUUCAUAAUGAGCUGUGUUCGGGCGUUAUAGUCUCCGACUUCAUCUGGCUGGGAAGAAGGGAAGAUACUGGAAAACGGCAAACCAUUAUCUGAUCAUUCUUUUCACUCUAUUAUGAUAUACCUUGCUUUUUUUAAAUCUAAUUUAAUUCUAAAUCUAAUUGUAAACUGAAGAGCCAUAUAUAUCGGAUAAUUGCAAUUCUAAGACUGUAACCUACUUAUUUCUGGAAUGAUAUAAAUACCAGUCCUUGUCCAAUAGUCACUGUUCGGAAGGCCACAACACAGUAGCGUCAAGGGAGGUAGAUUCUAGGUGGACGGUUUAGGCGUAGUUGUAUGUAAAAAGGGAAUGUCUAAGUUGCAGUAGUGUUUUUGUACUUUUAAAAUACCUAGUGACAAAAAGGAAUCUAGAAUGCUGAUUACACCAAUACAAAAACUGUUACUGUAGUGGUACCGUACACACUGCAAUUUGUAUGGGUUAUUAGGUCAUUCUAGACCAAAUUGGACGGAAAUUGCUAAGUGUGUGUGCCACUUUCCCAGUCUGAAUAGAUUGGACGCGACUGAUUGGUCCUGAUAACCGUGUGCAACACAUCAGUGUUCUGUGGCCACGGCAGGAAACCUUCUGAGCUGUUUGGAUGGCCACCUAUCAAAUGGGAUCCGGUCUCUAGGUCGACAGUGUCUAGGUCGACCACUAUUGGUCAACAUGGUUUCUAGGUCCACAGGGACUCUAAGUCAACAUGACAAAAGGUCGACAUGAUUUUUUUUUUUUUUUAAAUGUCUUUAUUUCUUUUUAACUUUUUCAUCGUUUACGAUCCACGUGGACUACAAUUGGGAACGGUAACCUGUGCCGAGCGCAGCGAGGAACCUUGCCCGAAGCAUGUCAAGCGAAACGAGCCAUGCAAGGGGACACUGUGCACUAAUUGGGGUUCCCCAUCAUUUUACAAAGAAAACGACACCAAUUUUUUUAUUAAACUCAUGUCGACCUUUUUUCAUGUCAACCUAGAGUCCCUGUCGACCUAGGAACCAUGUCGACCUACUUACUGUCGACCUAAGUCUAUUCUUUUUAACAUACCACACCCCUAUCAAAUGACUGUAUCUGUUUAUUGUUAGUAUUUGUGGCCAUAAUGGAAACAUUUGGUAGCUCACAACAGCGGGAUUGCAGUGUGUGGAGAUCUGGUUUUCACUGACAUCUAAAUAGACUAAUCCCUGUCAAAUGAUAGAUGACAAGGUACAUAGACCUAGAAACAGAAGAUAUCUAGAAGUGCUUUAGUUGAUGUGGAUGGAAACUUUUAAUUAUACUACCAAGCACUCCACUGGGGAGCUGUUUUUUUAUUAAACCACUUCUCCCUCUAAAUAUUUUCUUUACUAUAGAAAAGGUGGGUUCUUUAGGGAUGUAUCUACAUUUAUAUUGUUUUUCUUUCUUUUCUUUAGUAAUAUGCUGUAAAUAUUCUUUUUGUUUUGAGGACAUAUUGAAGUUCUGCUAUGUCUUCAUUUAUGCAGUCUGUACAAUGGAGCUAUUCACCAUUUAGCUCACUUAUUUCAGGGAAACAAAAUGAACCAAAUAUCCCAUCCUAGGUAAUUAUAGAACUUUGGGGCAGAUUUAUUAAGCCUGGUGAAGUGAUACAUUGCACAGUGAUAAAGGACCAGCUAAUCACAUCCUAACUACCAUGUCACCAGCUGGGUUUGAAAAAUGACAGUUAGGAGCUGACUGGCUGGUGCUUUAUCACCUUCAACUUUAUCACUUCACCAGGCUUAAUAAAUCUGCCCCUGAGUAACCUGCUUAUGUGUUAACCUCAUGCCUGUAAAUUUUAAACAACACUUCUCAGUUGAAAUCUACUCUUGAAUUAAGGGAUAGCCAUAUAAUAUAGCCAUUUCGCUAUAUAGCGUACAUUGUUGAAACUCCUUGUUUAUUUUAAUAGCUAUGUGAGUAAAAUUACAUUUACUUCCUUUAUCAUUCCUAAUUUAGAUGCUGAAAUGAUGUACAUUGGCUGUAUCUUAUAUUGUAUUUUUGUAAUAGUGUACAAGUCAUUAAAGGGUGCCAAACACUGUA